UUUAGGAAUGGGGCGACCCAAUGUGAUUCGUUAAUGCUGUUUUUGCUGUGUGGGAAUUCUCUCAUGACAUUGCUUUUUGUUGAUCUCUAUGAAAUUAAAGGAAGUUCUUUAAAAAAUAUAAAUGCCACUAAAAGAUGGAAACAUGCAGUUGCUGGCCAAGAGGGGAAUAAUGAAAAAGGAAAAAUUUCUAUAGGAGGAAGUCAAUCAAAAUCAAUUCAAGGACAAUCUUUAUCUGUUGUUAUUAGAAAUACUUCUGGCAUGAAUACUGAUUUACAAAAACAGGCUGUUGAAAUUACUAAUAUUGCUCUAGAUACUUGUAAUUUGGAAUCAGAAAUAGCUACAAAAAUAAAAGAACAAAUGGAUGAAUUUACAGGAAAAACUUGGCAUGUUAUUGUUGGAAGAAAUUUUGGGACACAUAUUACUUGGUCAGAAUAUGUACAUUUUAUUGCCGGAAAAAUACAUAUUUUAAUUUUUCAGUGGGGAUAAAUUUAAAAUAGAUUUUUAUUUAUUUUAUUUUUAAAUUCUUAUUUUAAAAAUUAUAUCUACGCAUUAAGAAAAUAGUUGCAGAAAUAUAAACCCGUGGGAAACAUAAGGAGAUGACCUAAAAAUGUGUAAAAAAAUAUAAAAAUAAAGGCUAAUAAAAUCCACACUUUAUGAA